AUCAAUUAGAGUAUUCUCCAGCGAGUGGAGAGAAAUGACUCACAUCUGCGGGGCUCUGGUGGUAGACAGCGCCAGACUGCUGCUGCCUUCUCUGAUAGAGGCAGUAAAGUUCGUGGGAGGAGUCUUGUACGUCCCGCUGGCCGAGGCAAUAUAUCAUGAUGACGUUUCUUCACGUGACCUAUCACAUGCUGCCCACACCAUUCGUCAGGCUUACCACCACGUGGCGCAGACAAGCCCGAACCUUGACCUCCGAUUCAUUCUCCCCACUACACACCCUCACACCCUCUCCUCCGUCACAAAGUGGGUGUGGUCAUGAGUCACCUGACAUCAUUCUCAGCUCUGGGGAAAACCCCCUCCUACAAACUGCUGAGUCAGCGAACAUCGCUAAGCUCUGAAGACCUCGCACUCAUGUUUCAACCCCUGUCAUUAGUAGGAGAUAAUGAGGGGGUCGAAUUUUCAACCCCCCUGCCCCCUCUCGCCAGCUACGACCAUGUAGCUCUUGGGGGCACCUUUGAUGUAAUGCACACAGGACAUCGACUACUGUUGACUGAGAGCCUGUUGUUGUCAAGGAGACGGCUCCUAGUGGGCAUGGCAGACGGGCAUCUAUUGGAGUCGAAGAUCCUGCCGGAGCUGAUAGCUCCAGUGGAGGAGAGGGUGGAGGGAGUGAGGGCCUUUCUGGAGGACGUCAAAUGUGACAUACAGCAUCAAGUGACAUCACAAAAUUUCCAACUUCUGACGAUAGGGUUUGCCCAACUUGCCAUCCAUAUGGCUUCACUGGUGGGGCCAAAGGUCAGCUCAGGGGGUGUGGUCAAUGAGGAAGAGAAGCUGAGUUCGUCUGACAUGAGGAGAUCUCUACUAGGAGAAUAUCAGACUCCACUGGUUGAUGAGUGUGUGGAGUACGACCCUCAAUUAGGGCCGUUUGUUAUUGGUUUGACUGGUGCCAUGGCAACGGGGAAGUCCACAGUUCUGGGUAGACUGGUGGAGAAAGGAGCCCACCCCAUUGACUGUGAUAAGGUUAGCAAAUGUUUAGUUACCUGUCCUUAUAUGUACUACAUAACAAAACUCAAUUGA